UUAAUUCAUAUGAAUUUGUAGAAAAACAAAAAAAAAAACAAACAAAAAAAAAAUGAAAAUUAAUUUUAAACAAAUCCAUAUAAAAUGCAACGAAUCUCAAUGAAAAUCGAAAACGAUUCUGAGAAAUCUGAUUUAUGUUCAAUUUCCAAUGAGCUAAGAGAUACAUUUUACUCAAACAGUAAAAAGGGUAAUGUCUUCCACGUACUCCUCAACUCCAAUGGUUUGCUGUUACAACGUGAAACAGCUGGAAGUCGUAAGGAUCAUCUAGUGAAUAUUUGCGACAUAAUUGGUGGCAGAUGUGUUUGGAUUCAGAAAUCGUCCGGCUUCGGAGCAGCUGGUACAUGUGGAUCAUGUACCCCAAGUAUUACAGAAAAGCAAAAAAUUCGUGAUGAACACGAAGAUGCAUAUCUUUAUGUCUUUGCCUAUAUGCUUAAGAAGAAUCUUAGAAAAGCAAUACGUCGUGAACGCACUGUCAUAACGUUGCGCUUCCGUUCAUUUGACAGCCAUGAAGACAACAUGCGAGAGGCCGAGAAGUGGUACAAAACAUUGAAAUCCUAUAGAAACAAUCAUCUGUUAAUGUGUUGUUUAAAGGGAACAGAUUCUAUUGAAAAUACAUUAAAAACCGAAAAAAAACGUCUACUUGUUUUAUUGAAUCCAAAGUCAGGUUCCGGGAAAGCGAGAGAGCUAUUCAAUCACCAAGUUGUUCCUAUUCUUAAUGAGGCAGAAGUUGCUUACGAUCUUCAUGUUACAAAACAUUCCCAAUAUGCUUCCGACUUUGUGCGCCAGAAAAAUUUGUCAAUUUGGAGUGGUAUUGUUGCCAUUGGGGGCGAUGGAUUAUUUCACGAAAUAUUAAAUGGCAUCCUUAAACGCAACGACUGGAAUCAUGUUGUAAAGAAUGUUGCGCUUGGCAUCGUUCCAUGUGGUUCGGGAAAUGGGUUAGCCCGAUCAAUAGCUCAUUGUUUUCAGGAACCAUAUGAACCAAAGCCAAUUUUAGGUGCAGCAUUAUCGCUUGUAGGCGGCCAGUCAGCUCUUAUGGAUGUUGUCGAAAUAGAACUGAAGAACAAAAUCGCAUAUUCCUUUCUAUCAAUAGGCUGGGGUCUAAUUUCUGAUAUUGAUAUCGAAAGCGAACGCUUGCGGCCCUUAGGUUACCAAAGAUUUACAAUUUGGACACUACAUCGCUUAUUAAAUUUGCGUACAUAUCGUGGUAGAAUAUCAUAUUUACCGAAAAAUCAUACAUCGGAACAUCAAAAUACUCCAGAAAUUAUAACUAAAUCUAGUCUUCAGCACAGUAUGAGUUGUAACACAUUUCCACCACCAUAUGAUUCAAGAAAGCAAUCUAUAUCAAAUGUCGGCAGCUCGGAAUUUGAAGACGUCAUAUCUUUAGAAACAGUGGCGAAUCAGUCUUUUCGUUCACGAUGUAAUAGUUUACUAUCGUCGGGAUCAAGAGUCAGCACAUAUUACUCCAUUGCUGAUAGUAUUUAUCACAGCAUUUCAGGUAAUAGUGAUUGUUGCGAAUCAGACAUGCACGAUACAGAAAAUCCAGCGGACUAUCAAUGCUCUCGGCUAGGUCAAUUAGAAGAGAACACCUUACCCGCGCUACGAGAUCCCCUACCGAAUUCAUGGCUUGUGGAGGACGGUGAAUUUGUUAUGGUUCAUGCCGUAUAUCAAACUCAUUUGGGUAGUGAUUGUUACUUCUCACCAAACUCUAAGCUAAAUGAUGGUACAAUUUAUUUGGUGAUGAUACGUGGUGGUAUAAGCCGUUCGCAAUUAUUCAAUUUCCUAGUCAACAUGAGCUCUGGCACUCAUUUACCCAAUAAAAAUUCCGAGUAUAUCCGAGUAGAACGAGUCGUUGCUUUUCGUUUAGAGCCACGCGAGAAUAGUGGUAUACUUACCGUGGACGGCGAACGAAUGGAAUGUGGGUCAUUACAAGCAAGAAUAUUUCCAGGAACUGUUAACGUUAUGGUUCCCAACAAAGUUGCAUUUAAAGAUUGUUAACUGUAAAAUUAAUUUACAAACUUAUAUACGUUGUGCACAUAAGCAAUCUAUUGUAUACUUACAUACUAUGAAUAUAUUAAAUAAGAAUCUCAUUGCUAUUUAUUAGAAGAAUAAAUAUACAAACAUACGUUAUUUACCCUCAUAUUAACUUA